AUGCCUCCCAUUCUAAAUGCGAACUUUAAUCAUGUCGCAGUGUCUGUCCCAGAUGCAGAUGCAGCCGUCGCGUGGUAUACUGAGCUCUUUGGCUUUCGCGUGAUAAGUCCCGUCUACGGACCCGAGUUCAAAGCGAUGAAAAUCGCUCUGCUCUCCUGUGGCAACGGCGUGGGUUUCGAAAUCUUCGAGUUUCCGGAACCCAAGUAUAGUGGACCCCAUAAAAGGAUCGACUGGGGCCCAGAAACCUACACCAAAGGAGGUUACUUCCACCUCUGUCUCACAGUGCCAAAUGUGGAGGAAAAGGUCAAGGAGGCAGUCAAGAAAGGCGCAAGCGUGGUGGGCGAGAUGGACUUGGCCGGAGGAGAAAGAACGGCGUAUUUGCAAGACCCUUGGGGAAAUGUUGUGGAACUUCUAAGCCUAACUUUUGACCAACUAUUUUUGAAGUUCAAAGACGAACGAAUAAAAGGAACUCUCGUAGUCAUUGGGACUUUGUAUGGCGUUAUCAUGCCUCUGUUGAAGAUGUUCUAG